AUGACGCUGACCUACGAUCACAAACCCCCUGGCACGGAGCGGCAGGUAAUCGGGCAAAGACUGCGGGAAUGGGACGAGAGCUCCCCGUAUCACAAGGGACGUCCGCUGCGGUCGCCACGCGGCAAUCCGACUUUGACGCUCGUCGAGCGCGACAUUAACUUCCGCAACAUCCCCGAGGUGCGCGCUGUAACGUUAUCGUCGUAUGUGCCCGCGGCACUCAAGAACGAGGACUUUCUGCUGGUGGCCCGCGCGGCGAUGCAGGCCAUCACGGGGUCGGUGCCUGAAACGGUCAAGACGAGAAAGAGCGUUGCGCAGUGGGGAAUUGCCGAAGGCAAGAAGUCUGGCGUCAAGACGACCAUCUACGGAAAUGCAGCGUAUGAGUUUCUUGACAAAUGUGUCCAUCUGGUUUUCCCGAGGAUCAAGGACUGGCCGGGUCUUAAGGGAAGCACGGGUGACAGCUCGGGAAAUUUGUCUUUCGGCUUGACACACGAGAAUAUGGCCUUGUUCCCAGAGAUCGAGGUCAACUAUGAUAUUUAUCCUCCUAAGAUGCUUCCAGGUUGCCGUGUUUUUGUGGAAACAACAGCCAACUCAGACAGACAAGCCCGCUUAUUGUUCCAGGCACUGGGCUUCCCAUUUUACGGACGUUUGAGAAAUUAA